GAAACAAAUAACCAAUUAAGUAUAUAUAUAUAUAUUUUUUAUUUUAAAAAAUCAUAAACCCCUUUUAAUUUUUGUAGACAAUCCGUACCAUUCUCUUAAUUCUUUUUCUUUUCCCUUUUUUUCUUUUUUCGCUAUCGAAACACAAACACUCCCUCUACAUUAUUUCUCUAGGGUUUUAUCCGAUCCUCAGCUCGCCAUGGACUCCGAGGACGAAGAUUUCUACAGCGGUGAGGCCAUGGAUGACGACAAUGACUACUACAACACCGACGACGCCGCUUACGCGUACGGAUAUGAUGAUGAGGAUGACGACGACGACGACGAUGAUUACGAGUUCCUGGAGGAGGCCGAUGAGGAUAUCAUCGGUCGUCAGCAGCAAAGUUAUACAGUCUUGAGGGAAGAGGAUAUAAAACAACGUCAGGAGGAUGACAUCAUUAGAGUUGCUACUGUCCUUUCAAUAUCAAUGGUAGAUGCUAGUAUCUUACUUCGUCAUUAUAGUUGGAGUGUUAGUAGGGUAAAUGAUGCAUGGUUUGCUGAUGAAGAUGGAGUGCGAAAAUCAGUUGGCUUGUUGGACAAACCGGUUGUUGAAUUUUUCAAUGCUAAUGAACUAACUUGUGGGAUUUGUUUCGAGUCCUAUAUUUGUGAUAAAGUCAUGUCAGCAGCUUGUGGUCAUCCGUUUUGUCGGACAUGCUGGAGAGGUUAUAUUAGUGCCACUAUUAAUGAUGGUCCUGGAUGUUUGAUGUUGAGAUGCCCUGAUCCAUCUUGCCGAGCUGCUAUUGGUCAAGACAUGGUCAACGUGUUGGCUUCUGAUGAUGACAAGGAGAAGUAUUCUCGUUACCUUCGUAGGUCUUAUGUUGAGGAUAACAGGAAGACCAAGUGGUGUCCUGCACCAGGGUGUGACUAUGCUAUUGAUUUUGCUGCUGGAGGUGGUACUUUUGAUGUUACCUGCCUAUGUUCUCAUAGUUUUUGCUGGAAUUGCACUGAGGAAGCUCAUCGUCCGGUUGACUGUGGCACUGUGUCAAAGUGGAUUCUGAAGAACUGUGCCGAGUCUGAGAACAUGAACUGGAUAUUAGCCAAUUCUAAGCCCUGUCCAAAGUGUAAGCGACCAAUUGAAAAAAAUCAAGGGUGUAUGCACAUGACAUGCUCGCCACCUUGUAAAUUUGAAUUCUGUUGGCUUUGCCUUGGUGCAUGGUCAGACCAUGGUGAGAGGACUGGUGGUUUCUAUGCUUGUAACCGUUAUGAGUCAGCUAAACAACAGGGAGAUUAUGAUGAGACUGAGAGGAGAAGAGAGAUGGCAAAGAAUUCUUUGGAGAAAUACACACAUUAUUAUGAACGGUGGGCAAGCAAUCAGUCAUCGAGGCAAAAAGCUCUGGCAGAUUUACACCAAAUGCAGACUGUGCAUCUUGAGAAGCUUAGUGACACCCAAUGCACACCUGAAUCACAACUCAAGUUCAUCAGCGAGGCCUGGCUUCAGAUAGUUGAAUGCCGAAGAGUUUUGAAGUGGACUUAUGCAUAUGGAUAUUAUCUACCUGAACAUGAACAUGCUAAGAGACAGUUUUUUGAGUACUUGCAAGGCGAGGCAGAGUCAGGUCUGGAAAGGCUUCAUCAAUGUGCAGAAAAGGAACUACUACAAUUCCUCAGUGACGAAAGCCCAUCUAAAGAUUUCAAUGACUUCCGUACGAAGUUAGCUGGGCUGACCAGUGUGACUAAAAACUACUUUGAGAACCUGGUCAGAGCUCUAGAGAAUGGCCUAGCAGAUGUUGACUCCGAUGCAGCUUGUAGCAAGGCGGGUAUCUCAAAACCUCCAGUGGCUAGCAAAGGCAAAAGUGGGAGGGGAAAGGGGAUUUGUAGAGCUGGUGGUUCUCACGAUGCAGGUAAAUAAUCUUUUAUCUGUUAUAUCUUCAACAUACCCUGUUGUGUUGUCAUUUUAUCCAAUUCAAGAAGAUCUUGCGGGCUCUACUCAGUAACCUUUCCGACUAUUCUCUAGUAGGGGAUUCUUGGUAUAGCUAAUGGUGUCUCCAUCGUUUGUUUCGUGUAUCUUUUUUCUCUGGUUUGGUCUCUUUCUUCUUUUUAAAGGCUGUUCAACGUAUAAGUAUAGAGAUGGAAGAAAAACAGCCUCUUUUUGUAUUUAAUCUGUGUUGGGGUGCACCAUAAUCUGCGGUUUCUCCUGUACAUAGAUAUUAUCAACUACAUAAUGAGCUUCAGCAAGUUGUGUUUAUAUAUUAUGUAUUUGACCGUA